AUGCCUGCUCUCGAACUUACCACCAAUGUCAAGGUCUCCGACCCGAAGGCUUUCAGCCUGGAGUUCUCUAAGGUCGCUGCUGAAGUCUUGGGAAAACCCGAGCUGUACAUCUCAGUCGCAUAUAACUAUUCCGAAUUCCUCACCUUCAACGGUUCCUUCGACCCCGCUUUCCUCCUGAAGAUCACUUCGCUCAAUAACAUCGAGCCCAAGGUAAACGAAGUAUACAGCAAAGCGCUGUUUGCCUUCUUCGAGAAGCAACUCGGUAUUCCAGGCGAUAGAGGUUACAUCACUUUCUAUGAUCCCGGCCUGGCCUACUUGGGCCACAAGGGAACCACCUUCGCCGCGAUCUUUGGCUCAUAG